AGGUGCUCUGUGGAUAAUCGAGUCACCCGAGUGGCCUGGCUGACCCGCAGCAGCAUCCUCUAUGCUGGCAAUGACAAGUGGUGCUUGGACCCUCGGGUGGUGCUUUUGGCCAACACCAAAACCCAGUACAGCAUCCAGAUUCAAGAUGUGGACGUGUACGAUGAGGGUCCCUACACCUGCUCCGUGCAGACAGACAAUCACCCCAAGACAUCGCGUGUCCAUCUCAUCGUGCAAGUGUCUCCAAAAAUCACCGAGAUCUCUUCUGACAUCUCCAUCAACGAGGGCGGCAACGUCAGCCUCACCUGCAUAGCCACAGGCAGACCAGAUCCAACAAUUACCUGGAGACACAUCUCGCCCAAAGCCGUGGGCUUCAUCAGCGAGGACGAGUACCUGGAGAUCACGGGCAUCACACGGGAGCAGUCGGGCGAGUACGAGUGCAGCGCUUCCAACGACGUGGCAGCGCCCGUCGUCCAGCGAGUCAAAGUCACCGUCAACUCCCCGCCGUACAUCUCGGACGCAAAGAGCACCGGGGUGCCGGUGGGGCAGAAGGGCAUCCUGCUGUGCGAAGCCUCCGCCGUCCCCUCCGCCGACUUCCAGUGGUACAAAGAUGACAAGCGGCUGGCUGAAGGACAGAAAGGAUUGAAAGUGGAGAACAAAGCCUUCUUCUCCAGACUGACUUUCUUCAACGUCUCCGAGCAGGACUACGGCAACUACACUUGCGUAGCCUCCAACCAGCUAGGAAACACCAACGCCAGCAUGAUCCUCUACGAAGAGACAACUACCGCUCUGACACCCUGGAAAGGCCCCGGCGCAGUGCACGACGGGAACAACGGCGCGUGGCGACGAGGCGGCUGUGCGUGGCUGCUGGCCCUCCCCCUCGCCCCGCUCCCCCGCCAAUUUUGA